GUUCUGCACUAGAGUCCAAAGUCCAACUGCUGUGAGGUUUUUAACUCCUCUGUUUGUUCUCUCUGCACUUUUUGUCCGUGUCCUUCAGAAGUAACAUGGAGAAGAUCUCUGACUAUCUCUGCAGGUAUAAAAACUACAUCUUUACUGCUGGCAUGACAACUGCAGAGCACAUUGAUUCUCUUCAGAGCUUUGAAAUCAGAGACAGCGAUGUCUUCGUCGUCACUUACCCAAAAUCAGGCACCAUCUGGACUCAGCAGAUCAUCAUCUCCAUCUGUGAGUUGGCCGGGGGUCUUAAUGAAUAUCCAAACAACAUGGAGCAGAUGCCCUGGCUGGAAUACAGAGAGGAUCGACCAGAUUACGCCCUGCGACCUUCUCCUCGGCUCUGCUCUCAUCUGACCCCGAUGCUGAUGCCUCCUGGACUGAAGGAGAAGAAGGGAAAGAUCAUCUAUGUGAUGCGGAACCCGAAGGACAACAUCGUCUCGUAUUACCACUUCAGCAAAGUCGUGACUGUACUAGAUCCCAAGAACCUUGACGAGUUUUUAGAGCAGUACCUGACGGGAAACGUCUUGGGAUCUUCCUGGUUUGACCACAUCAGGGUGUGGCAUUCAAACAAAGACCAGUACAACAUCCUUUUCCUCACCUAUGAGGACAUGAUUUUGGACCUGAAGGGAGCAGUGCAGAAGAUCUGCAGUUUCUUAGGGAAGAACCUGAGUGAAGCUGCCAUCGAGCAGGUUGUGGAAAAAUCUACAUUUAAGAACAUGAAGAAAGACUUGAAGGCCAACUACGAAUUUGUGCCAGAGGAGAAGCUGAAUGGAAAAUUCAUGCGCAAAGGUCAGAUUGGCGACUGGAAAAACACGUUUACUGUGGAACAGAGCGAACGAGUCGACCGGCUGAUUCAGGAGAGACUCGGUGAUCUGAAUCUGAAGUUGAUCUGGGAGUGAACAGAG